AUGAAUCAGACUAUGGAUUCACCAUCUUGCGAUGCCUUGUGUAUUUUCUAUGCAGUAACUAAUGUGAUCAUCAUUGUCCUGGGUGUUGCUGGAAAAGGUUUGGUGAUCUGGAUUGCAGGGUUUAAGGUGAAGAAGUCAGUCAUUAGUACCUGGUACCUGAGCCUGGCUGUGUCUGACUUCAUAUUCUGCUCCUUCCUGCCAUUCAGAGUCGUUAACAUAGUCAAAGAAGAGUGGCUCUUUGGGCGUUUCAUGUGCAAGUUCAGUUACUUCAUCUUGUUCCUCAACAUGUACAGCAGCAUCUUCCUCCUCGUCAUCAUCAGUGUGGACCGCUGUGUGAUUGUUACGUUUCCUGUCUGGGCUCAGAACAUGCGCACUGUAAGAAAGGCCUCUGUGAUUGUUGUGCUAGCUUGUAUCAUCUCAGCCGCACUUAGCACACCAACGGCUGUUUUCCGAGACACAUAUGAGAUCGAAUCAGUUUUUAUAUGCAUUUACAUUAAUUUGCAAAAUUAUAUUGCUACCGUAGUAUGCCGAUUCUUUUUUUUAUUUGUGGUCCCGUUCCUGAUCAUCAUUAUCUGUUAUAUUGUCAUCAUACGAAAGCUGAAGUCCAACCAGACGGCGAGAUCCAAAAAGCCAUUUAAGAUUAUGACUGUACUGAUUGUUACUUUCUUGAUCUGCUGGCUACCAUAUCACACUGUUAUUUUGAUGGACUUAUUCAUGACAUAUGACGAUUCAUUGGACACCGCAUAUGUAUUUAGUCUCAUUCUUGCCAGUGCCAACAGCUGUCUGAAUCUGUUUCUUUAUGUGUUCAUGGGAAAAGACAUUAAGGAGCAAUGUUAUGCUCUUUGGUUGAAGAUUGAGAAUGCAGUCAAGGAGGAGGAUGACCAGAACACAAUCCAGGGAACAGCUUACACCACCUCUGGGGAAAGCCAACAUUCAAGUAGCAUUUAG